AUGAGGUUCUUUCAGUGCAUGCAAACUAUAAUAUCAUUCACAACAGCCGUCAACGCUGUCAUCUUGCAGAAUGGACAGGUUCGAGAAACUCACUUCCUGGACACCAGAAUUGACAACAUUGGCAACGGCUGGAACUCAACAGCGUGGGCUACAUACGGAGCCAACUCCUCUCAGCUCUCAUACAAGGGUCGAUGGGAUAGCCAACAUGUCUCCUGGUGGGCAGCACCUGGUCUCAAGUUUGCGUUUGAGGGCGAAGAUGUAGCCAUCACCUUUGGCCAGCAUACAUCAAAUGGCGUACUGAUAGCUUACCGCGUCGCGGGGCUCGAUUGGCAAUUCACCAAUAUCACCACGAAUGCAACUCAUCACUUGGUCUCUGCAGGAACUGUUGGUCUGAACCUUACACAGCCAGAUCAGUUACCGCUGGCUUUCGAGAUGAGAGUGACGAACUGGGGCUACGGAGUCCAAGUCUCUGCCGUCCACCUUUCCACUGGCUCGAAGCUUAUCAGAGUACCGAACUUCUCAAAGUCGAUUGAAGUCAUCGGGGAUUCGUUAAGCGCUGGAAUGUAUACUUCUUACGAAGCCUUCAGUGGCUUCGGCUACGCAAUCGGCGCCGGACUUGGCGACGCCGAGUUCAGCAUAACUGCGCAUCCAGGCAUCUGUCUGCACGAUGCAAACUGCUGGGGCAAUCUCCGAGGCCAAGAACAUCAGUGGUUCGAAACAUACGAUACCAACGGCCGCGCCGAACAGAUUCACGGCAACGCAUCCGAGCCCUGGGACUUCUCCGCACACCAGCCAGCAGACAUCGUCCUGAUCAAUCUCGGCACCAACGACAACAACACGGCCAAUAACGUCACGAAUCAAGAGUACUACGACUCGUACAUCUCCUUUGUCUCCAAAGUCCACGUAGUCUACCCCAACGCGCAAAUCAUCCUCAUGUCGCUGUGGAACGGCUUUGCGCGGCGCGGGAACACGUACCACCAAGUCGGCGCCCUCACCGACGAAAUCUACAGCGUGUACAAGCACUACGAGGCCGAGGGCUACGUGCACUACUUCAACAGCACUGGCAUCCUGCAGCACAACGACAUCGGGCCGCAGUACCACCCGACCGACUUUGGCCACAUCAAGAUCGCGAGCCACGUGCUGCAGUACCUGCGCAUCAAGUUCGGCUGGGAGUUUGCGGCGACGGGGCCAGAGGUGCAGCACGAGACGCUGUACUGGAACGAUGAGUCGGGCUAUUAG